AUGGAUCUUUUGAAGUAUAUCUUUCAAAAGCCCAUGCGCACAGGUAAACUGGCAAAAUGGCAGAUAUUGUUGGCAAAAGCAGUGAAAGCACAUGCAUUAGCAGACCACAUGACAGAGAAUCCAGUGGACGAUGAUUAUAGGCCGUUGAAGACCUACUUCCCAGAUGAACAGGUGGCCUUUGUCGGAGAGGACAUUUCUGAAGAAUAUGAUGGAUGGAGAAUGUUCUUUGAUGGAGCUAAAAAUCUGAGCGGGUCCGGCAUCAGGACUAUUUUGAUCUCACCCACCGGGAAACGUUAUCCGGUAUCAGCAAAACUAAGAUUCCUUUGCACAAAUAAUAUGGCCGAAUACGAAGCUUGCAUACUAGGGCUCCGACGGGCGAUUGACUUGGAUGUCCAGGAACUGCUAAUAAUAGGGGAUUCAGACCUAUUGAUCCAUCAGGUUCGAGGUGAUUGGGCAACGAAAAAUCAAAAGUUGUUACCAUAUUUAGAGUGCUUGCAUAGGCUAUGUAAAAGGUUUGUCAAAACAGAAUUCAGACAUGUACCAAGGGUCCAAAAUGAAUUCGCAGACGCCUUAGACACUUUGUCUUCCAUGAUUCGACACCCUGAUCACAAUUACAUCGAUCCUAUUCACAUUUACAUACAUGAACAACCAGGUUAUUGUUUCCAUGUUGAGGAAGAGCCUGAUGGAAAGACCUGGUACGAUGCUAUUAGAGGAUAUUUGAAGAGUGGCGAAUACACAGAAGAUGCAACAAAUGUACAAAAGCGUACAAUUCGAAGGUUAGCAACCCAAUUCUUUUUAAGUGGAGAAACCCUCUAUAGGAGAACUCCUGAUUUGGGGCUGCUAAGAUGCGUCGAAGCAGGAGAGGCUUGCAGGCUGGUCGAAGAGAUACAUGCAGGCACAUGUGGCUCUCACAUGAACGGUUUUACAUUAGCAAAGAAGAUUCUGAGAUCAGGAUAUUAUUGUCUAACUAUGGAGAUAGACUGCAUUCGUUACGUCCAGAAAUGUCGUCAAUGUCAGAAUCACGCAGAUAUGAUUCGAGUACCCCCCAACGAACUCCAUGUCACUAGUUCUCCUUGGCCAUUCGCAGCAUGGGGCAUGGAUGUCAUUGGUCCAAUCGAGCCAACAACAUCCAACGGGCACAGAUUCAUUCUUGUCGCAAUUGAAUAUUUCACCAAGUGGGUUGAGGUCACCUCCCACAACUCAGUGAAAAAGAAAGUUGUGGAUGACUUAGUAAAAAAUAUCAUUAUUUGUAGGUUCGGAAUUCCUGAGUCAAUCAUCACCGACAAUGUCACCAACCUAAACAGUGAUCUAAUGAGAUCAAUGUGUGAGAAGUUCAAGAUCAGUCAUCAAAACUCUACAGCAUACAGGCCACAGAUGAAUGGGGAAAAGCUACCUUUCGCAUUGCUGGGGUAUCGUACCACAAUCAGAACUUCCACCAAGGCCACACCUUACUUCUUAUUAUACGGCACUGAAGCUGUGAUACUUGCCGAAGUAGAGCUACCUUCCCUAAGGAUCAUUCAAGAAGCAAAUCUGAGUGAUGCUGACUGGAUACAAGGUCGGGCAGAGAAUUUGGCAUUAAUAGAUGGAAGAUUAAUUAACGCCAUUUGUCAUGGUCAACUUUAUCAGAAUAGAAUGGCCAGAGCUUUCAACAAGAAGGUUAAACCCAGACAUUUAUCACCUAGGCAACGAGUUUUGAAGCGGAUUUUCCCAAAUCAAGACAAAGCAAAGGGUAAAUCUCACCAAACUCGCAAGAGAGUACAGGCACCUACGCAAAAAAAGCUCCAAUAUCGCUCUGAGUACAAAAAAUUGCAACUCGAAGGCACGUUUCCAACAAGAGGAAUGCCCAAGCUACCGUUCGCCCUCAAGCAACUGCUGAUUCCACUCGAACCAGCAAGCUACAAGCUCCAAACCAGCAGCAACUCAGACAACAACUCCGACUCUUGUAGAACAAAGCCGGUAAAAUCCAUUAAUGGCAGCCACAAAUCAACAAUACAACCAGGUACAUCUAGCCCAUUUGGAUGGGCUUAA